CGCGCGGAGCGGGCUCCGGAGGGAAGUCCCGAGACAAAGGGAAGCGCCGCCGCCGCCGCCGCCCCGCUCGGUCCUCCGCCUGUCCGCGACGCUCGCCGGGGCCGCGGCCGCCCGAGGGACUCUGAACAUGUCGGGGAUCGCCCUCAGCAGACUCGCCCAGGAGAGGAAAGCGUGGAGAAAAGACCACCCGUUUGGUUUCAUGGCUGUCCCAACAAAAAAUCCCGAUGGCACGAUGAACCUCAUGAACUGGGAGUGCGCCAUUCCAGGAAAGAAAGGGACUCCGUGGGAAGGAGGCUUGUUUAAACUGCGGAUGCUUUUCAAAGAUGACUAUCCAUCUUCACCACCGAAAUGUAAAUUUGAACCACCGUUAUUUCACCCAAAUGUGUACCCUUCGGGGACAGUGUGCCUGUCCAUCUUAGAGGAGGACAAGGACUGGAGGCCAGCCAUCACAAUCAAACAGAUCCUAUUAGGAAUACAGGAACUUCUAAAUGAACCAAAUAUCCAAGACCCAGCUCAAGCAGAGGCCUACACGAUU